CAAGAGGGAAUUUUUCAAAUCGAGAAGAAGCGGUCUGCCGGAGUGUUUAACAACAACAAUGCAGAGACCAGGCAAAGGCAAGACUCCUCGGAGGCCUGGCCCCAAGAAGGCGUCCAACAUAGAGAAAGACCCUGUUGGAGUAUACUGCCGUAUACGACCGCUUGGAACAGAACAUGAGGAAUGUUGUGUUGAGAUGAUCAGCAGCACCACUAUUCAACUGCAUGCUCCUGAUGGUCUUAAAGCCAACCGCAAUGGGGAAUACAAAGAGACACAGUACUCCUAUAAAAAAGUAUUUGGUAUUAAUACCACUCAAAUGGAACUGUUUGAGGAUGUUGCCAAGCCAUUGGUAGAGGACCUCAUUCACUGUAAGAAUGGUCUGCUGUUUACAUAUGGUGUCACCGGAAGUGGUAAGACCUUCACCAUGACUGGCUCACCUGGAGAAGGUGGGCUCCUGCCCCGUUCCUUAGACAUGCUCUUCAACAGCAUCGGCCCCUUCCAGGCCAAAAGAUUUGUGUUUAAACCGGAUGACAAAAAUGGGAUGGAGAUUCAAAGUCAAGUCGACGCUCUCCUGGAGAGACAGAAGCGAGACAGUCAGCAGUCAGUCCCCAAAACACCAUUGUCCAGGCAGAAGGCUGACCCAGAGUUUGCAGAUAUGAUCAGCUCAGAGGAGGCAUGUAGAUCAGAGAAUGUGGAUGAAGACUGUUGUUACAGCGUUUUUGUGUCCUACAUCGAGGUCUACAACAAUUAUAUCUAUGAUCUCCUCGAAGAUGCUCCGUAUGACCCAAUCAGGCCAAAACCACCUCAGUCCAAGAUCCUCCGUGAAGAUCAGAAUCAUAACAUGUACGUGGCUGGCUGCACAGAAGUUGAAGUAAAAUCUACAGAAGAGGCUUUUGAAGUCUUUUGGAAGGGUCAAAAGAAAAGGAGGAUAGCCAACACUCAACUCAAUCGUGAAUCCAGUCGCUCCCACAGUGUGUUCACAGUAAAGCUGGCCCAGGCACCACUCGACGCUGAUGGGGACCAUAUUCUACAGGACAAGAACCAGGUGAAUGUGAGCCAGCUUUGUCUGGUUGACCUGGCAGGCAGCGAGCGCACCAGCAGAACCCGAGCAGAGGGAAGCCGUCUACGUGAAGCAGGUAAUAUUAACCAGUCUUUGAUGACACUUCGCACAUGUAUGGAAGUCCUGCGUGAAAACCAGAUGUAUGGGACUAACAAGAUGGUGCCAUACAGGGACUCUAAAGUUACUCAUCUGUUUAAAAACUACUUUGAUGGAGAAGGAAAAGUCAGGAUGAUUGUGUGUGUCAACCCAAAGGCUGAUGAUUAUGAAGAAACUAUGCUGGUGAUGCGCUUUGCCGAGAUGACCCAGGAGGUGGAGGUGGCUCGACCGGUUGAUCGGCCAAUCUGUGGCCUUGCUGCAGGACGCAGACACAGAAACCAGGCCUUCAGAGAUGAGCUGUCACGUCGCCUGGAGGAGCGAGGGGGUCCCAGUACUGCCGUAGAUGACCCAGUUCUGCUGAAUCAGCUCAUAGAAAGCCUUCCGGCCCUGCCUCAUUGUGAGCUGGUGGACCCAGCGGAUGAUCAGACUCUACCCCGCCUGAUUGAAGUCCUGGAAAGGAGGCAUCGUAUCCGUCAGACGAUGACAGAGCAGUUCAACAAAACUGCCAAUACACUGAAGUCCAUGCUUCAGCAGUUUGACGGUCAGCUCAAUGCGAAGGAGACCUUCCUGCAUGAUCAACAGAGCAAACUGAACGAGAAAGACAAAGUUAUCAUCAACCAGAAGACAGAAAUGGAACGAUUAGAGAAAAAAUCCAAAACGCUGGAGUACAAGGUUGAGAUCCUGCAAAAGACAACGGACAUGUAUGAGCACGACAAACGCUCACUACAGCAGGAGCUGGAAAGCCGGGAGCAGAGGCUGCAGAGAGAGCUGUCAGAGAGGAGGCGCAUGGAGCAGCGCAUGCAGGACAUGGUGACAGACACCAAACUCAAGUAUGAGAAGGAGUGUGAGAGACGAGUGAAUGCCAAGCAGCUGGAGAUGCAAAACAAGUUGUGGGUGAAGGAUGAAAAGCUGAAGCAGCUCAAGGCCAUAGUGACAGAGAGCCGCAGCGGCCCAGCUGAGCGUCCAGAGAAGCCUGAGAGGCCCUCCAGAGAGAGAGACCGCAACAUCGCCCAGAAGAGGUCGGCCUCGCCAUCACCACUUCCUGACUUGAGCCAAACUCCCUCCCACCAAAAUCGAGCCAAUGUUAGGGCACUUAAGGACACUCACCACACCUCUUCCUCCACCACCUCCUCUACACCCUCUUCAUCUUGCCGCUCAGUGGCCUCCUGCAUCUCCGAGUGGGAGCAGAGGUUCCCUGUAGACUCAAGCAGCCAGGUUAGACACACCGGGACUCCCCAGUACAGGAGCCGGACCCCCGCCCCUCUCCACAGCACCAGCAGUGUGGGUCGCAGGAGAGGCCAGCGCUGGGCGCCAGACGCUGAGGCCCCGGCUACGACUCUUGUCUAUGGGCUAGACCUUGAGGCAGGCGCAAGGACGGCCCCUCCGGUUCAUCCAAUGCACAGGCGCUCACACUCUGCGGGUGGGGAGAAAUGGGUAGACCACAAACCACCUUCUAAUUUGGACGUAGACACUGUCAUGCAGCCAAUCAUACCCAAUGCAAUCAAAGUGUCGACCCCUAAUGAGAAAGCUCUGUCUAAAUGCCACAAGUAUGUGCUCAGACAUCAAGAGCUUGCCUCUGACGGGGAGAUUGAGACCAAACUGAUCAAGGGUAAUGUUUUUAGGACCAGAGGUGGAGGACAAGCUGUGCAGUUUACUGACAUUGAGACACUAAAACAAGAGUGCCCAGCAGCAUCAAGUCGUAAGAGGCGAUCGGGAUCUGCAGAAGGACCAGUUCAAAUAGAGGACAUCGAAAACAGAACUCCAGUGGCGAGCACAAGUUCAAGCCAUGGCUAUCAAAAACGCAGAAAGCCUUAAGCUGCUGUACAUACGAAGGAACUUUUUUUUACUUCUUGAAAACAUGCAAGGUGUUGCAUUACUGUUGGGACAGUGAUGGCACGGCUGUGUGAAACUAUGCAUCUUUUUGAGAGUCAGAGCAUUUUUGUAUUGUAUCUGAUCUUAUUACAAAUUGUUAGGGUGCAAUUAUACUUUAAUCAUAGCCAACAAUACAUCGAUUAAACAAAGCAGAAUAUUUCAGAUGUAAUUUGCUCGAUUUCUGUGCUUCUUCUCUUUGGAGUGGUAGAAUUCUUACUUCUUAAAGACAUGGACAUAUUAAAUAGCCCUGUAUGAUUAUUUUGUGAUAAAUUUAAAGUUUUAUUAUUUAAUCUUUUCACUGCUUUUUACCGCUGCCCAAAAAUUAGAAUAUCUGAGCUUUAGAACAACAGAAAAUGUUUUUUUUGUUUGUUUUUUUUUUACUUUACAGUGUCACUGCUUGCUUUUUUUUUGAAGAAGGGUUAUUCAUUUAUUAGAUGUAACACUACACAUAUGGCUGAUUACAAAAAACUACAGAACGCAGUUGCUUUAGAAUUACAAUGGGUAGAGCUUCAGCUGUAAAUACAGAGUUAAGUAGGUUUUCUAUAAAUAAGGAUUAUGAAGCUUCUGUUUAUUCAAACAUCUCCUAAGAUGUGAAGCACACUGCUCUUUUUGGUGGCAUUAAAUUUAUUCGAACACCAAAUCUUGUCAUAAUGAUUUUUAAAUCCAUGAAGACAGAAGAGUUUAAAGUCUCCAUCUUAAAGCCUGGGACAUAUCAAAAAUUUCUUUUACCAAGCUAAGAGGGUUUUUUUUCAGUUAAUC